GAGAUGACAUAACCUAAUGAGCAGGCUAGUGUAGCGUACGCCUGCCCACGCAGAGCCGGAGAGGAAGAGAGUGAAAGUGUGUGCGCGGAUGAGGGGUAGUGAUGUAAUGUUGAUCUGUCAGUGAGUGAGUGAGCAGGGAUGGCUGCGUGUGCCAGGCUUUGCGGAGUUGGGCAGUCGCGGAGGUGCAGAAGGCGGCAGCGAAAGAACCAGCGAGACCCGGACACAGACCCCGAGCUCGAUCUGGAUGAGGAGGAAGAGCGGAUAGUGGGGAAAAUGCAAGCGGAGGGAAGUGCGCGGUGCACGGCCGACACUGCUGCAUCGGGGCCGGGGAAAGGAGCGAUUUCAGUGCCUGGUGCUGCUACAGCAGCUGGAACGAGUGUACACGGACUUGGAUUCGAACUUCCAGACACCACAAAGACGACCAGAAAUACUUUACUGGAUCUUCCUCCGGAGAUUCUGGUCGCAAUAUUCUCUUCUCUUCCCGGAACGGCGCUACCAAACCUGGCGCUGGUCUGCAAAAAAUUCCGACAGAUCCUGAGCACAGAGACGAUCUGGAGAAGACGGUGCAGGACUGAGUUCGGUAUGUGUGAAGAUCUGCGGAAGAUGGAAGUUGUGGGCCUAUCCAGCAAGGAUCUUUACGUGAAACGUAUUAACCCACGAGUGAAGUCAGGGCGCUUUAUGAAGCUCCUUCCUGACUAUGAGCACAUGGACUACCGGGAUGUGUACACCCACUUGUUGCACCCGAACAGACACAUCCUGGGUUUGUGGCAGCCGGAUAUUGGACCCUAUGGAGGGCUGCUCAAUGUUGUGCAAACAACCCUGAAGUGGAGGCUAGUGGUGGUUGAGCCGGUUCACUUUCCCUGGUGUUCCGCUGUUGUGUUUCUGCUGCCCCAGGUGGAUGGCCUGUUUAUUAUCGGCUGGAUGUUCCUCCCCCCCCACGACCCCCGAGUGGAUGAUGUCAUGAGGCGCAGGCCCCUGUUCCGCAUUCACAUGUGGGAGACGAACAAGGCCACUGUGGAGUGCAUGUAUGGACACAAGGGACCUCACAAAGGAGACAUCCAGAUAGUGAAGAAAGAUGAGUUUUCCACCAAAUGCAACCAGACAGAUCACCACCGAAUGUCCGGGGGGAGGCAAGAGGAGUUCCGCACAUGGCUAGAGGAGGAGUGGGGUCGUACUCUGGAGGAUAUCUUUAAUGAGCAUAUGCAGGAGCUCAUCCUGAUGAAGUUCAUUUACACCAGCCAGUACGAUAACUGCCUGACCUAUCGUCGUAUCUACCUCCCCCCAUACCUCCCGGGAGACCUGCUCAGACCAGGGCUCUUCAAGGGGACCUAUGGGAGCCACGGGCUGGAGAUUGUCAUGCUCAGCUUCCACGGCAGGCGCGCCAAGGGAACCAAACUCACUGGGGACCCCAAUGUCCCAGCAGGCCAGCUGACCCUGGAGAUUGACCUGUCCCGACCCAUCCAGCUCCCGGAGAUCGAGAAGCAGCGCAGCAUGGAAGAGCUAUCCCGCCUGGUGAUGGAGGUCCAUGGGCAAGUGCAGCGAGAGAGCAAUCCUGCCCAGAGCAGGAGCACAGAGCCAGGGGCCGAGGGACAAGGAGGAGGAGGAAGAGAGGAGAACCAGAAUGGACUGGGAGCAGCCCCUGCCACUACCACUACCACUGAAGGAGCCGAGGCCAGCACUAGUCUGCUCCCAGCUCCACAGCCCUUUGUCCUGCCACUGGGAGUUAUGGCACGGAAUGAAAUUUACCCGCGCACGUGCAAAAUAUGUUUCUAUGGGACGGGGCUUAUCGCGGGCCAUGGCUUCACCAGUCCGGAGCACACCCCGGGGAUAUUCAUCCUGUUUGAUGACAACCGCUUCGGUUUCAUCUGGCUGGAGCUCAAGUCUUUCAGCCUGUACAGCAGAAUCACGGAUAAACUGCAGUACGCAGAGGCCCCCACCUUGGAAGCUUUUGAAGAAAUGCUGAAGAAUAUGCAGUCUUGGACCUCCUGACAAGCCAAAUCUCCAAACACCGUUGGCAAUUACAAGAAAGAAAGCAAGUAAUAAGUUCUGAUAUAAAAAAUAAAAAAAACACACACUAAAGCAAGACUGACCUUGGUACCUCUCUGUAGAAGCAUGCACAUUUACACAGCUUUUAAAGGUAAAAGAAAAAAUACAUUCAUUCUAAAGUACAUUUAAAAAGGUCAGGUGUAUAGUCGGAAGGUUUGGUGAGGCUACAGUCUAAUUAUUUAAAGCUACGAAUCCCCCCUGCCUUUGUUUCUAGAAAGCUGCUGGAGUUGCCGUCCUCUGAAAUAGUUUCACGCUUCGAUUGCAGUCAUUCUCUGUGGUUCUUACUGCAAAUGCUCAAAUACCGUGCUUUUUUCUUUUUUGGUAUGUCUUUUAGUUUAGAGCUGCCCUUCCGAUCUAGCAGCCUGCUAUGGACAUGUAAUGUAAGCUAGAUUAGCCAAAUGGUCUUAUCAUAAGUUAGAGCCAUCAGCAUCUAUUGAUCUGCCACUUUGGAUCAAGUUUUGCUUUGCUGGAAAUAUACUGCUGUGCACUAGAUGGUGCUGCUGUGCACUAAUGUAAAGGCAGUAAGACUGAUCUAGUCUAUAUUACAGCUGGACUGGGUGUUUUUACAGGGUGUGCAGUAACCGCUUCCCUGAACUGUU